AUGGUAGACACAGAUAUAGUCUUAUUUCCCGACGAUCCUGACUAUCCUACCCACCCCUGCCACAACCACGACCUUAGGGAGGCUAUCAUGUCUGGGAAACAGAUCAAAAUAGCCAUCAUCGGAUCAGGAACUAUUGGCCUCUCGUUCGCAGCUCUUCAUCUAUUGAAGAACGACGCUGCCGAUGUAGCAGUCUUUGAUACCAGACCCGAUCUGGAUGAGUACGUUAAGAGACAUCUUCCGGGAUAUCUCAAUGUCGAAGACAGUGGACGGUACAUGAAUCGCCUCACGAUAGCCAAAACCCUUGCCGAAGCUGUGGAGAACGCGUAUGCAGUACAGGAACAAGGUCCGGAGAAGCUGGACUUCAAGGUCUCCGUCUGGCCUGGGAUAGAGCAACACGCACUCAGAGAUGCUCUCUUCUGGUCCAGCACCUCUGGCAUCCCAGCAAGCGAACAAUGUAAGAACAUGCAGGACAAGUCUCGACUGAUUGUUGUCCAUCCUUUCAACCCACCACAUAUCAUGCCUGUCCUUGAACUCGUGCCUUCACCGGCCACAUCUAAUGAUGUGAUCGAUCGAACAUUAUCUUACUGGCGGGGACUCGGCUGCAGCCCAGUAGUUGUGAAGAAAGAAUGUACCGGUUUCGUGGUGAACCGUCUAGCUUUCGCCUUGUUCCGGGAGGCAUGUAGUCUCGUCUCCUCAGGCGUCGUAUCUGUUGAAGAUCUCGAUGAGAUCGUGACCACCUCGAUGGGACCACGUUGGGCGGUUGCUGGACCUUUCAAAGCUUACCAUGCGGGAGGUGGCGAAGAUGGCUUGAGUGGAUUUAUGAGUAAGAUCGGUGGGACUGUACAGGGGUGUUGGGAUGCUAGUGCGGAUGAUGUGGGAAAGCACGGGAUUGUAGUCGGAGGGGAGUGGCAGGAGGCUAUUUGUCAGCAGGCUGAGGAAGCUUACGGGCUUGUUGAUACUAAGGAGAGGGAUGAGACGACGAAGAAGGUUUUGGAGGCUGUCGGGCGGGGGUGA